CAAACACACACAACACACAAAGGAAUUCACCCAAAAAAUUCACAUCCGCAAGUCACAAACACGCACACAACACAACACACACAAUAAUUCAUCCAAAAAAUCAAAAUCCCCUUCCAUCAAUUUCUCUUUGAAUUUACACUCUCUGAUUCGCGAACUGGGAUAAAGAUUGCACACACAUACUACAAAUUUAUCCCCAAAUCCUUUUCUCACAUACACACCAACGGGCUCCUGGUUUGAUUUACGAGUUACGACGGUUAGGCCAGUGGAACCUGGGUCACCGGCGUAGGCUUUACUUGCAGCGGUGCGGCCAGUCUGAACGGGGGCCAAUAUUCUGAAACGGCGGCGCGUGGGCAACCCAACCGAUAUUCUGACAUUCAUUCAAAUAAGAAGAGGAAGAAGAAUAAGAGGAAAGAAGAUGGAGAAAAAAUGUGAAGAGAAAGAAGCGAGAGAAGGGAGAUAGGAGAGAGAGAUAGAUAGCGUUGUGCAAUUUCGUCCCUCCAGUCGUUGAAACUCUUCAGAAUCCUCAGCCUGCCAUCAAUCUUUGCUCAUCACUUCCAAUCACAGUUAUGUUUUUCUAUUUGGUCUCUCUCUCUGUCUCUCUCUGACUAGGUGAAACAGCACUCGUGUAUGUGAUGCAUGAAAUCGAGGAAAUGUAAAGCAAGUCAGCGGGGCUGCAGUUUGAGCCUACCUGAGAAAACGUAGAAGUUUGUUGAACCUGAAAUCGGCAAAAAUGGCGUCCUUCGAGAUGAACGAUCGAAAAAAAAUUGGACUUGGUUUGACGGGGUUUGGAGUUUUCUUUUCAAUUUUGGGGGUCAUCUUUUUCUUCGAUAAGGGACUGCUGGCAAUGGGAAACAUACUCUUCUUGGCAGGGGUGAUAUUAACCAUUGGCCUUAAGUCAUCCAUGCAGUUCUUUAUGAAACGCUCGAAUUUUAAGGGGACUUUAUCAUUUGGUGUUGGCUUUUUCUUAGUCAUCAUCGGGUGGCCCAUAAUAGGAAUGAUUAUUGAGGCUUACGGAUUCGUAGUGUUGUUCAGUGGUUUCUGGCCGACACUGGCUGUCUUCCUCCAGAAGAUUCCUAUUAUUGGUUGGCUCUUCCAGCAACCUUUUGUCCGAUCGUUGUUCGAUCGUUAUCGGGGGAAAAGAGUACCUGUAUAAGUUGGGUUUUUAGGAAGAAUGCGAGUGAAGAUCACCUUUCAAGGCCUGUGAAACACAUUUUAGACCAAAAGUUUGUAAACGUAACGACAUUUUGGAAUUCAAGAAAGAUCUAUUACUUUCGAGUUCUGGGAAACAUUGCUUAGACCAAAAGGUUUUGUGGGUUCUCAUUUGGCAAUACAAUCUUUAUAAAAGAAAAUGCAUGCCAAUCAUCAGCAAACUGGAUGUUGAGAUUUUUUUGUUAAUAUAUGCAUACUGGUUGUCAAUGCAUUGGGUGCAACAUAUAUCAAAUGUUG